GUAUGUAAAUAUCCUGAAGUAAAGAUUAACAGAGAAGAAUUUUAAUGAUGUCAUCAUUUAUCUUGGAACUGGAUGACGUCAUUCGGCGCUAUGCCUGGCAGGUUCUUCUAAAACGAUCAAACUUUCUCCGUCGAGCCUUCCUUGACGCAGACGACUACACCUGUAAGGUGGACUGGACGGCGCUAACCAUUGAGCACAAGAUUGCCAAGUUUUCUCCCAAGGUGAAGGACGGAACUGUGAUCGAAACAAACUGGGGAGAGGUGCAAGCGGGCACACAAUGGGUGACACUUUGGUCAUGUGACUUCGACAACAAAGCCGACAGUAAACAAAGUCACGCUUUUAGAGGAUCACGUGAUACGACUACAUGGGUCGACGUGGACCUAGAACAAUGUUACACGGUCAACAAAGAGGUGUGUGUCCAGGUCAACCUCCCUCAAAAUUUCAGCAAAUUUCGAGCUGGCCGAGACAAUAGCCUCAGUCUAAACAAGGUCAAAGGUCAGGUGUUUAAAGAGAUUCUCACCUGGGAGGUCAACUCGCAGGUAGAAGUUCUGCCCUCCUGGCGCGCCCAUGCUCAGCUGUUAGCAAGACAAGAGUGCUCGGUCGUGGAGUUUGAGAUUCGAACCACUUUGUUUAACCCUAAAGGGGUUGUCCCGGUCAACUUUUAUAGAAAGGGAGAGAAGCAAGUAGCCCAUGUUGUGAACAUUGAAAACAUAAAUGACGCAUUUCAAAUGGUGGAAGAGGGCGGAGUUCUUCAGCCAGAAGAAAAAACAUGCGUGGAGGUAAUGGUGGAGAAGUGGCUGGACAAAGAUGGCGAAGAACACACGGCCUCCCACCCCCAGAUCAUCACCCGGGGCACCUGUGUCUGUCUCAGCUGGUCUGACCAGAAAGUGGACAUCAAGACCAGUCCAUUGUCAAUGGACGAGUCCACUUGUGACGGAGACCGCAACAUGAAUAAGACGCCCGUCAAUAACUUAAGCGAGAAACAGUUCACCGUCAAAUCUUAUUAGUUUGUUUUCUAUGUCCUUGUUGGUUAGCAGAUCUAGUUUACCUUCCACAUAAUCCACUAGUAUCCACUUCAGGGAUUAUCUGCUAAAUGCCUUUACACUUUAUAUCAUAAAACUAACCCAAACCUUAAUAAAAACCUUACGAUUUGUCUCAGAUCUGAAACUAGCACUUUAUGACGGGCUGAACAAUAAGUGGGCACGGCUAAUCAAGAAACAUUUAUCUUUUUUUAUAAUUCACUCUCUAAGCGGGAUAUUUAUUUUAAUUUAAAAUGUUUUUAAAAAAAAGUUUGUAUUAUUUACACCAAAAGUUAAUAAAAGAUUAUUCACAAACAA